UAAUGGCGUGAGUUGACUGCGUGUCCUUCAAGCUAUCCAGACAUUUUAAUAUACUCCGACCAAAACCCUAAUUCAGAUUCUGCGUACUUCCUACCGAGCGAGGAUUAGGAACCUCUUGGAAAGAAGAAAAAGGAGACGGAGAAAGUUGAAAUGGCUGGAAUCGGACCACUUUCACAGGAUUGGGAACCGGUGGUCCUCAGGAAGAAGGCACCCAACGCGGCUGCCAAGAAGGAUGAGAAAGCCGUCAAUGCAGCGCGGCGAGCCGGGGCGGAGAUUGAGACUAUAAAGAAAUCUGCUGCUGGGUCAAACAAAUCUGCCUCUAGCAGUACUAGUUUGAACACUAGGAAGCUUGACGAAGAGACUGAGAACCUUUCUCAUGAUCGUGUACCAACUGAGCUGAAGAAAGCAAUUAUGCAAGCUCGAACAGAGAAGAAGCUCACCCAGUCUCAGCUUGCUCAACUUAUUAAUGAGAAGCCUCAAGUAAUCCAAGACUACGAGGCUGGAAAAGCUAUUCCAAAUCAACAGAUAAUAACCAAACUUGAGAGAGCUCUUGGGGCAAAACUGCGUGGGAAGAAAUAAAGAGAUCUGGAAAGUUAAGUAUGAGUUCUAUUUAAGUUUUUGUUUGAACCGUGCACAAAAGUUCAUACCCUACUGUGGUUUCAAUGUGUAACUAUAUGAAACUGUCCUUGUGUGCCUGUAUAAGUACUUGUUGCAGUGUCUCGUUGGUAAGUUCUUACCUGGAAAUAAAUAAAUAUCAUGUCUGUCAUGUUGCUUUAAUUUCCAGA